GCGGGGCCACGCGGGGAUGGGCGGGACCGAUGGGAAUCGGGGCGGGGCUCCGCUCGGCGGGCGUGGCCUCCGCUCCCGCUCCGGUCGCCCGUGGAGACACCGGGAGCGGCGCUCGGAUCAUUACACCGAUAAAAUCAAGGCAAGCUGGACAGGGAGCAAGUCUGCCUAUGUAGUGUGUAGUGGAUGCCUGUGUGCAAGAGCAGCUCAGGGUGCUGUGCUGCCUGCUGGAAUAACAACCCCCUGUGUUUCCAAGCAGAGCUUCCCUGCCUCUCUGAACAUGUCAGGCAAAACAGCCACCACGAGCAACAACAUCGCCCAGGCCCGCAGGACCGUGCAGCAGCUCAGGAUAGAGGCCUCCAUAGAGAGGAUAAAGGUGUCCAAGGCCUCGGCUGACCUGAUGCUGUACUGUGAGGAGCACGCCAAGAAGGAUCCCCUGCUGAUGGGAAUCCCAGCCUCUGAGAACCCCUUCAAGGACAAGAAAACCUGCAUUUUGUUAUAGGGCAGGGGCAGCUCCUCCUGCCCAGCCCCUGCAGCCCAGCUGGGCCGGGCCAAGCACCACCACUCCCCCAGGUACCUGCAGCCCGUGGGCACUCCCUGAGCCUGCCCAGAGCAUUCCCUGAGCUCCCCAAGGCAUUCCUGCUGAUCCCUGUCCCUGUUAGGAGCUUUCUGACUCGGUCCCUGUCUGUCCUGGCCAAGGGAAUGGGCUCCAGGGUCUCUGCACGGGGGGUCCUGGUGGCGUUUGCCAACUCCAGCACGACCAAAGUUGCCUGAGCUUUGCAGAUAAAGCAAAGCUGUAGAGACCUGAUGGAAUCACUGGGUUUACAUUUUAUAAAAUUAUGGAUUUUUUUUUUGGGGGGGGGGGAGGGAGGAGGUUGUGCCUGUGCUGGCAGCAGCUGUUUGUGCACAGGCACACUUAAAGUGCAUUUUCUAGCAAAAUCUACCUUGCAAAAUGAUUGUAGCAGCUGCUGGGGAGCUCCUGGGAGCUCUGCCUCAGCCUUCCUCCUGCUGGCCUCUCAUCCCAGGGCUUUUAAAGGAUAGAGAUGGGAAUCAGAGAUGCUUUCCCUGCUUUCUGUGAGAUGGAAAAGCAGAACUUCCAGCUUGGAUUCUGCUGCAUUUUCUUCUCGAAUAGAACACCUGUGUUAGUAUAAAACACAGCCUCAAAGAAAUGAGGAAAGAAGGAGAGGCUGGAAGUGCCCUGGCAGAGCUGGAGGAACGCUGCCCUCGCUCCCAGUCCCAGCUGGGUUCUGAGCAGGGAGUCAGAACUUGACUCUUUUUUAUAAAAAAAAUCCAUUUUUAAACAGGAAAAAUGCCAAAUUAGCUCCAGCUUGUGGUUAUGCAUCUAUAAUUGAGGGCCUUUCCAUCUAGUAUAUAUUUUAUAUAUACACAUAAUAAAAAAGUCUUUCUCUGUG